AGAAAAGCCUAUUGUUUUUCUUUUUAUUAGUUCCCCAAAGCGUACAUAUGAUCAAUAUGUUUACUUAUGUUAUUGCAGUUAUUUGUGUUCCCCCUAUAAUUCAAAGCUAAGUGGAAGGUGUUUAGACUAGGAUGAAAAACGAUUUUAUGUUUGAAGUGAGCUCUUGAAUCAUCAUAAUUAACUUUGACCUCUUUUUUUUUUUAACCCUGAAAGAAUACUAUGGUGUUUGCCUGGUCAAAUGCUGAUGUAAAGCUGUGGAAUUUAAAGCACUGUUAGCCAAGUAGGCUAUGACUAGUCCAGCAGUCACAGAUCAGGUUUCAUGGCUCUUCAGCUGGCUAAAUAGUUCUGCUUCCAGCCUGGCUGAAAUGUCCUUUGAUAACAUUUGUUGCCGUUUUAUAAAGGUCCGGUACUCCAUUACAUCAUCCUGACUCAGAAGCAGCCUUCCUCCUUGUUUUGAGUGAUGCCAUGAUCAGCAGAGUUCCUAACAUCGUGGCUGUUACUUUGUCAAAGGACCUCAGCAUACUAACAAAGUGUCAUUAUUGUAAUUUCUGGACGCAGUACUCUGUAAACUGGAAGUUUUGUUUCCUACAGUGCCCAGACAAAUUUUCACAUUUCAUUUUGGGGAAACAAAGAAAACCCCCAAACCAUGUUUAGUGAAUAUUCCUAAUAAUUUUGCAGAGGAAAUUUGCUAUUGGUUAACCAGGAAGUAAUGCACCUCAACCUCUAAUUGUGUGUUCCUUUUAUUCUCCACCUUCAAAAGAGGUAAUUAGAGGACUCAGGAAAAGGAUGGAAAUCUUAGUGUCAUAAAACAGUCUUUUUACCAUGACAUGAUGAUUGGGCACAACAUUAGAACAAUAUGUCCUACAACUGAGAGCUAAAUUUCAGCUUUGUAAAAAACAUUAAGUAGCAACUAAGUGAAAUGUCUCAAACUUAGUAUCAAGUAUUUAAUUUUUAAAUGUUGACAGACAGCAGUCCUCCAGUGUCAACCCAUAGCAUGGAUGUGGAUGCUCUACAGAAACUUAUUCAUUUGCUCCAGGCCACAGAUGAUCCAUUAAUUCAAGAGCAAGCUUUAAUCACUCUCAGUAACAGUGCUGCCUUCUCUGUAAAUCAAGAUAUAAUCCGAAAUUUGGAUGGUCUGUCUGUUAUUGGAGGGAUGCUCUCCAACUGUGUUCCCAAAGUUAAAGAAAAAGCACUGAAUGCACUUAAUAAUUUGAGUAUGAAUAUUAAAAAUCAGGAAGAGAUACAGGUAUUUAUUACACAAGUUUGUAGGACUGUUGAGUCAGCUCCCCUGAACUCUGAUGUGCAGCUAGCUGGACUCAGGCUGUUGACAAAUAUGUCUGUUACCAAUGACUACCACCAAAAGAUGAUAAACUCCAUUCCAUGCUUUCUCCAUUUGCUUUCAGAAGGGACUGAAAGGACACAGAUUCAAGUUUUGAAAGUACUUGUGAACUUAUCUGCAAACCCAGCCACGACAAGACAUCUUCUCAGAGCUCAAGUGCCAUCACUGGUAUUAGUUUUUGACGACUGUGUAAACAGAGAUAUUCUGGUUCGAGCCCUGGCGUUUGCAGCAAACUUGAAAAAGAACGUGAAGGAUGAAGAACGCACCAAGAUUGAGGAAUACAGUGAAGACUCAAUUUUCUUCACACUCGGCAGGGACUCUGCCCCAUUCACUCAGAGACUGGCAUCUUUGCUGCAUCACCCUGACACAGAAGUGAAAGAACAAGUUGUGAGAAUAUUAACACAAUAGUGUUGUUUUCUUAUACAGACUGACCUGAUGAAAAUAUUUAAUCUUGGCAAUGCUGGGCUAAGAAAGCCUGCAACAAGUAAACAAUACAACAAUGAUGGAGAAAAAAAAGUCGUAAAUACUAUCAGAUAUUUUUUACAAGCAAGAGAAAAGCAAUAGCUGAAUUAUUGCUGAUAAACUACUGCACAGUUGCUACAUUUAUGCAAUGGAGGCAAACAGUUUAAAACAUGAAAACAUUUGUAUGUAAAAUAAACAUUUUAAAUGGAUGAGUGAAGUGAAUGAAAGUAUCCUUUGCAAUGUCAAAGACCUUUUUUUUUUACUUUAAGUACUUACAGCUGUUGAAUAAAUACCUCAUUAGAAUUGUGCAUUAAAGAUUUAGUAAUUGGAGAUUAGGCAUUAUAUUUUAUUAGUCUAACUAUGAAAAUGGUACUGCUGAAUCUUACAAAAUAAUAUUAAAUAAAAACAAUACCAAACUAUCACUGGCUUCCUACAGAAUUAGUAUCUUCAAUGAAAGCUGCAUACUAAAAUUGCCAAACCUAGGUUUUUUCGUCAUACCUGUAUGGAAUUUACUCUUAAACUCCCAUUUUUGUAUGCUUAGUAUAUCCAAUCUGUUUAGCCAAACUGCAGUGCAAUUAACCACAACUGUGAAAGGUUUCUACACUUGAACAAAAAUUGAAAGGAUUUUAUAUUGCUUUAAAAUUGUCACUUUAGGGAAAGC